AUGUGCUCGUCAGUUUUAGAAAAUAUUCGAAAAGAAUCUGGUCUUAUUUAUUGUGUGAUGUCAACAAUUACAACGGCAACAUCAAAAACAGAGGUUGAAAAUGCGAAAAAAGAGGAACCAACUGGCGGAAAGCAAUUUAUUAUUGUUGGAAUCAUUGUUAUAGUCUUGAUGGUUAUUGCUAGUGCUGCAAUGUUUGCAAUUAUCUUUACACAAUCGAAAAUCGACGAAGGUCCAAAAAAUAGUAUCGAAAAGCAAAAAUCGGGUAAGGAUAAUAUAAAAAAUAACACAUUUUCAAUCAAAUAUUUUUUACAGACACAAUUUCUGCUAUCGAUGAAGAAAUCAAAGUUGUUGAAGGUUUUCCGAGACUUUUGGAUGAUUUUAUUCCGGAACAACUAUCACCCAAAUUGUUCAAAUUGAUUCGUGAAAAACUUGGAAUUGGCAAUUUGGUAUGUUUGAGAAUAAAUCAAUCCAAAGCUUCGAAAUUCAAUUCCAACAUUUACAGACAGAAUCGGAAUUGUUCGAGGAACACCGAAAUAGUGGAUUGGAUUUCAGAAAGUUUAUAUAUAGAUUAAAGACAAUGCUGAUUGUCCACGACCAUCAUUCCAUUCAACAAUCAUUGCUCAUAUCAUCAUGGAACCGAAAUCUGGUUUUCCCAAAAUAUGACAUCUGA